GGUAGUCAAUGCUGAAGCUGGACUUUUCAAUGUCAUUAGGCCGUGGACCAGUUAGUAGCUCUUCUGGAUAUUAAACGGCGAUACAGCUAACAUGCUCUUCAACCUUGAACCAAUCACAACCAACCAUUUUCCUGCUAUUUAGCACAAACCAGUGCCACGUAAUAACCAACACCAGCAACUAAUGGCCACCACUCAACUUUCCCUCCAAAUCCUCCGUCCAAUCCCCACCGCUAGCGUCACCUCCCGACGACUCAGCAAGAACUUCGGGACAAGAAACUUAGCAGUGAGAACCUCUGGGUCUCGGAGCUCGAAGUGGGCCCUUAGGCUGAGCCUGGUGGAGCGGAGCCCAUCUGCAGAAACAACGGCGGUUGACGUUAAACAGUUGGUAGACUUCUUGUAUGAUGACCUUCCACAUCUCUUUGAUGAUCAGGGCAUUGAUAGGACGGCGUACGAUGAGCUUGUGAAGUUCAGGGACCCCAUAACUAAGCAUGACAGUAUAAGUGGCUACCUCUUUAACAUUGCUCUCUUAAAGGUUCUCUUCAGGCCUCAGUUCUUCUUGCACUGGGUCAAACAGACAGGACCUUAUGAGAUUACUACCAGGUGGACUAUGGUGAUGAAGUUCACGCUUCUUCCAUGGAAACCACAAUUAAUCUUUACAGGAACCUCUGUCAUGGGAAUUAACCCAGACACUGGGAAAUUCUGCAGCCAUUUGGACUUCUGGGAUUCCAUAAAGAAUAAUGAGUACUUUUCACUUGAAGGUUUGUGGGAUGUGUUUAAGCAGUUGAGGAUUUACAAGACUCCUGACUUGGAAACACCCAAAUAUCAGAUUCUGAAAAGGACUGCUAGUUAUGAGGUAAGAAAGUAUGCCCCAUUUAUUGUGGUAGAAACAAGAGGAGAUAAAUUGUCUGGCUCAACUGGAUUCAAUGAUGUUGCUGGGUAUAUCUUUGGAAAGAAUUCGACAAAGGAAAAAAUACCAAUGACUACACCAGUAUUCACUCAGGCAAAUGAUGUUGAGUUGUCAAAAGUGUCCAUCCAAAUAGUUCUUCCUUUGGAGAAAGAAUUUAGCAGUUUACCUGAUCCUAAUGAAGAGAAAAUUAGCUUGAGGAAGGUUGAAGGAGGCAUUGCUGCAGUGCUAAAGUUCAGUGGAAAACCAACUGAUGAUAUUGUUCGUGAGAAAGAGAAAGUACUACGCUCAAGUCUUGUCAAAGAUGGCCUUAAACCUAUGAUAGGUUGUUUACUUGCCCGCUAUAAUGAUCCAGGCAGAACACGGACCUUUACAAUGAGGAAUGAAGUGUUAAUAUGGCUUGAGGAAUUCUCAUUGGAGUAGGGUUACAAUCACAGCUAUCCUUUGACUAGCAUUCUCUGCUGUCAUCAUUCCCUCCAAGAAGUAACGGCGAGUAUGUGUUCAUCUGGAAAGAACUUCUGAAAACUUGGAACACCUUCAUUAGAAAGUUGUAAAGUUAUAAACAGGUUACAAGCUGAUGCUGGUUUUAACAUUUCUACGGAGCAGAAUUGUGCAAAGGAAUUCAUAAAGUUGGAAUGCUCUGUGUAUAGGUCUUUUUAUUCAUUGGACACCUUGUUAGAGAUGACAAAACAAAUUCCUGGACUUGGGGCUUUCACGAUGAUGUCAGUCUCUAAUGCAAAUACCUGGUUUUUCCCAUGUGUAAUUUUUACCUGAAAAUUAGUGGAUGCAAGUUUAGAUCACUGUUAUUAACCAAAAUUAGAGGAAGACAAUUUAGAUCACUGUUAUUCAACCCA